AUAUAUUAGGACUUUUUUUUCAUUGGUUGUUAGUUUAAUGUAGUCCUCAGUUACAGGUACAUACAUAACAUAGAGAUUGUUUUAUAGAAAACUUGAAAGUUGCCCUGAUACAAAUACAGUGAACUUAGAAAGUUAACUUUAUAACCGAAUCUCUUAUAUUUGUCUUUGAGAUUUUUUGGGAAUUAAACGAUUGGAGUAAAUACAACAAUGACUACAAAAUCAGCCUAUGUUGGGAUUAAAAACCGACUGCAUUCAUCUUCCCAGAUGACGUCAUGCUUGUGGGUGGUGGUGUGGUGAGUGAACCUGCACCCUAUCUACAAACUGAAGAAGCAUAUGGAAAUUACACAGGGAGUGAAGUACCUUCAAAUAUACAGCAAUCUGUAAAAGAACAGGAGGCUCAGUUUCAGAGAUUAUCUGAAAAACUUGACGUUGAAAGACAACCCGUAGCCAACAAAUUGAAAAAGUGUAGGUUAAAUAGUGACACCCCAACCAUGAGUAGCGCCCCUAAUGUUAUCGGAGACUCCCACAACUGGCGUAGUCCAGCAUUACAUGAUUCUCCCGGAGCUGUCUCCUCUAUUCAUAGUGAUGUCCUCGAGGACUCACCGGAUGAUUCUAAAAUGAGCUCACAUCUGUUGGAUUCCUGCAUGAGAGCUUUAGAAGAACGCGGAACAAUGAAUUUCGGAUAUUCACGGGAAAUGGAUUAUGGUUAUGAAGCCGACACGCAUUCAGAUAACCCUGACCAGUAUUACGCUACUGUUGCUCCGACCUUAGCAAAUAUGCCUAGCAAUGCAUCUUUUGACCAAUACAGUGACCAUUCACUUGCUUCUUCACACUUAUCACUCCAAAAUGCUGGUGUAUACAAGGCAAGAGCUGCCCCAACACAGGCUCCAAGAAAAGUAAUAAAUCCUCCAGAAUUACCACAAGCUGCCAGGAGUUCAAUUUCUUCGCUUCCACAAGAACAUUUAGAUGAUGGAUAUAAUCGGUACACUGCUCGUGUUAGAGGCAUGGAACUUAUGGCUCCAGACAGUCGGAGCUCUCCCCGUCCACAGAUGGCAUCCAACCGAGCAGGAUCAGUGACGCCAACCAGGGAUACUGAUUAUUAUAAUGACCGCAGUAAUUACCACAACAACGCACCAUUGAUAGGGGGAAACAUUCAAUAUGGAGAUUUACCCCCUUAUCCAGAAGUUUACCCUAAUGACCCCGCCAUGAGACAUCUUCCAUAUGAAAACAAUGCAUUUGAUCACCCGGUGCACAGUUCUGUGGUGAGCCCCCACUAUCGUGAUUCUCCUGUUGGAGAUCCUGUUAUUGGUUAUGCAAAUUCUUACCGUGAAUCGCCUUACGACUUGCGGCACAACAACGAACCUGUUCUGGAUAAAUACAACAAGCUUCCCAUGGCUAACAACGGUAGAUACCCUGACGAUGGUUUGGACCUUUUGUAUCGUGGUUCUCCAUCGCAUCAGGAACCGGGAUUACCUUAUGGCAUUGAUGAUGUUGACAAACGACACCAAGGUCUACCUCCCGUCAGGGUUGAUCCCUUUGCAGAUGACCUAUUCAAGGACCAAGUUCAAGAUGACAUAAUUCAUAAUGGACCUCCACCAUUACCAGAGAUGUCUACAUUUCGACAGACACCAUCACCAGCUGUUGGAAGUGAUAGAUAUAUUCCAAAUCAAUAUGGUGAAGGACCUCCAUCAUAUCGGGAGCUUGACCGGGACAAAAAAUAUGGCAAAAAUGAAUUUCCAGCUGACUAUAUCAAUGAUCCAGUGAGUGGACAUCCUGCAAAUUUAGGAAACUACAAAGAUGAGGAUGGCACUUAUUUUGUGGAUAAUACCAUCCCAAGGAGGAGACCGGAUUACUAUAAUAUUGAAAGCUCCAAGCCACCUGAUGAAGAAUCUGAUGGCUUAGCUUCAUCAUCAGUGGAUGGCAGGUUAUCUCCACGACUACGAAAGCCAGAUUUGCAGGAGGUGAUAGAUUUCCUUGGCAGUCCCAAUGAUGCCAUCAAAGCAGACUCAGCUGGUUACCUACAACAUCUCUGUUUUAUGGAUGAUGAUGUUAAGGCUAAAACAAGAGCCCUUGGGGGCAUUCCUCCUCUUAUCGCACUGCUGAAUCAUGAAAUUCCCGAGGUACAUAAGAAUGCAUGUGGGGCUCUGAAAAAUUUAUCUUAUGGACGAAACAAUGAUGAUAAUAAGAAAGCCAUAAAAAAUGCAUCUGGUGUUCCAGCAUUGACCCGACUGUUACGGAAGUCUUCAGAUGAAGAAGUUAAAGAAAUGGUUACUGGUGUCUUAUGGAAUCUAUCUUCAUGUGAAGAUCUUAAAAAAGCCAUCAUUGAUGAUAGUUUGACUGUCUUGGUUAUGAUUGUAAUGAUUCCACAUUCUGGUUGGGGUCGGCAAGGAACUGCUCAACCUCAGCCACCACCUGGACAGCUAUGGACUACAGUUUUUAGAAAUGCCAGUGGUGUUAUAAGAAAUAUUAGCUCUGCUGGUUAUCAAAGUAGGAAAAGAUUACGAGAAUGCGACGGCCUUGUAGAAUCGCUUAUACAUACAGUAAAAACAGCAAUUGGUCAAAGUGACAUCGAUAACAAGCCCGUAGAAAAUUGUGUCUGUAUUCUUCGAAAUUUGUCAUAUCGUAUCCAAGAAGUGGACGAUCCAGAUUUUUUCAAAAAACGAACGCAACAACGACAACAGAAGAUGUUAGAAAAGGGAGAAAACACAGGUUGUUUUGGUGGUGCUGGGAAGAAGAAGAAUUCUCAAAAAACUGAAAUGAAAGCAAAGCCAGACCCCAGCUCUCAUAAAUUAACACCUCCAAAAGGCCAAGAAAUACUUUGGCAUCCAGAUAUCGUUCAUAUAUAUCUUCCCUUGUUGGCUGAUUGCUCUAACCCAGUAACUUUAGAGGCUGCAGUUGGUGCAAUUCAAAACUUAGCUGCUUGUGAUUGGCAGCCUGGUAUAGAUAUCCGUGCUGCUGUUCGAAAAGAAAAAGGAUUGGCUAUCAUAGUUGAACUGCUGGGUGUAGAAUCUGACAAAGUGGUGUGUGCUGCUGCUACUGCCUUGAGAAAUCUUGCCUUGGAUCAAAGAAAUAAAGAACUUGUUGGCAAAUAUGCCAUGAGACAGUUGGUAUUGAAACUACCUUCAGACAAUCGGCAAUCAGAAGCAACCACAGAUGAUACCAUAUGUGCAGUCAUUGCAACACUUUAUGAAAUUAUAAAGAAAAACCCAGAUUUUGCUCAUUCACUAUUAGCAGAAGGUGGAGUCAGCCGUUUAGUAUCGAUAACCCAAUCCGAGGGAGCUUUUCUAGAAAAAACAGUCAGAUAUUCAGCCAUGGUGCUUCACACUAUGUGGCAGUUUAAAGAACUUAGCGGAGAAUAUAGAAAACAGGGCUAUACAGAAACUGAUUUUAUUACAAAAACUUCAACUUUCAGGACCAGAAAAAUGGAGAAAACCAAUUCAAAUAACAAAAUUGUGAACAACACUCCAACAAGUACGCUGAAUCGUCCAGUUUCUGGUCAAGGUUAUGAUGACAGCACAUUGUCCCCAACACGGCCAUUAACAAAGAACAGUGUUCCAGGCACUUACCCUCCCCGAGAGAACCAAGAUGCCAACAUGGGCUGGCUGCCAAAAGGCAGUAUCUGUGAAAAUGGCAGUGGUGGUGGCAGUGCUGGAUCAGAAAUCCAUUGCAGUAAUGAAAGGGAUUCAAUACCUUUAAAUGACAUGGGACCUGGCUAUCAAACCCUGGGAGACCAGCGAGGUCAUCCAAAAUUCACAAAUGCUUCUGGGCCAACAUCUAGUCUUGAGCCUCAACCUUUGGCACUGGUUAACUCCCAUGGUGAACCACUAUAUGCACAAGUAAACAAAUCUUCAGCAAGAAAUGCCCAGGAGAGUUCCAACCCGACACAGAACAGUUCAGAGUAUCACUUUGAAAAUCCCGGAAAUGCAGACUCCUGGGUUUGAAACUGCUUCUCUUCUCACUCCCUUUUCCUUUCCCACCAACUCACAGUUCACUGAUUUAUUACAACUACAACCCCAGAACACUUCGACUGGGGAACGAGAAGUAAAAUAAAAACUAAAUGAAAACAACAAUCACUGUGCAUGAUGCACUGAUAUACACAGACAUCAUUUCUACAUUUCAUUUAUUUCAUCGCCAUCAUCAAUCAUCAUCAAUCAUCAUCAUCAUUAUUAUUAUUAUUAUUAUUGUGGAGGCACAUGGCUUAGUGGUUAGGGUGCUGAACUCAUGAUCAUAAGAUUGUGAUUUUGACUCUUGGACUGGGCGACUUGUGUUCUUGUAAAGCAGCAAGCUGACAGAAUUGUUAGCACACUGGACGAAACGCUUAGUGGCAUUUCAUCCACAAAUUCUGCUGAGGUUGACUUUGCCUUUCAUCCUUUCAGGGUCGAUAAAUUUAAGUACCAGUGAAACUCUGGGGUCAAUGAAAUCGACCCAAUCCCCUUCCACCAAAUUUGAGGCUUGAGCCUAUAACAAGAAAGAUUAUUAUUAUUAUUAUCAUUAUUAGUUUCAAGGCAGAAAGCUGGCAGACUCAUUCGCACAUUGGACAAAAUGCUU